GGUUGUGUUCGUAGUACUCCCAGGAAGUCCUGAUGUCACGAGAGCAGCAAGGACAUCGCAAGGAGGAGUCGAGUUACAGUAAGGAUGGGCAGUGGCGCGCGCGGCCGGAGCACACGCUCCAGCCGCGGGAGAUCGUAGCGGAGAAGGCAGGAGCCUGUACAGCUCUGCUCGCCCAGCCCGCCGGGGAGGAGGCACGCUCCGAGCUUCUGCUCCUCAAGCUGGAAACAUUCUCAUUGACCGUAGCAUGCCACGGCUCUGCUCGGCGUGCUGGGUGCGAGCGGAGGCUGAAGACGCCACAGUGGGGGUUCAGCUGGUUGAUUAAUGAGAAAAAUAAUGUAUUUUGGUGGCACAUGCCAGAGUCCUGCUCUCCCAGCCCUGAUCCGUCCGCCAGCCCCUCCUUUGCAGCCAUCAUUGGAUAUUAAGCCUUUUCUUCCCUUUCCUCUUGACACUGCAGCGGCAGUCAACCUAUUUCCCAAUUUUAAUGCGAGCCAGGCUGCGGCCCACUACAAAGGCACGAAACAUGCCAAGAAGCUCAAAGCACUGGAAGCCAUGAAAAAUAAGCAGAAAUCUGUCACUGCCAAGGACAGCGCAAAGACUGCCUUCACCUCCAUCACUACCAAUCCCAUCACCACCAGCUCUGACAAAACAGACAGUACCACAGGAACACACAUAAUACCAAGAAGUGUCGAAAUGCGCAAAAGCAGUGCAGUAACAACUGAGAUCACCUCUAAAGUGGACAAAAGCCCCACAGCAGCAGCAGCCCCUGGCAGCAAUUCAAGUCCUUCCACAGAGACUGAGGAAGAAAAGGCGAAGCGGCUGCUUUACUGUUCUCUAUGCAAGGUGGCUGUGAACUCAGCCUCACAGCUGGAGGCUCACAACAGUGGUACUAAGCACAAAACCAUGUUAGAAGCCCGCAACGGAAGCGGAACUAUCAAGGCCUUUCCUCGGGCAGGAAUGAAAGGCAAAGGGCCUGUUAAUAAGGGAAACACAGGCCUCCAAAACAAAACAUUUCACUGUGAAAUAUGCGAUGUGCACGUCAACUCGGAAACACAACUCAAACAGCACAUUAGCAGUAGAAGGCACAAAGACAGAGCCGCUGGGAAGCCCCCUAAACCUAAAUACAGCCCUUACAACAAACUGCAGAAGGCAACACAUCCAUUGGGGGUAAAACUGGUAUUUUCAAAAGAACCUUCAAAGCCACUGGCUCCCAGAAUUCUCCCAAACCCACUGGCGGCUGCAGCAGCUGCAGCCGCUGUGGCGGUGAACUCCCCCUUCAGCCUUCGAACUGCUCCUGCAGCUACCCUCUUCCAGGCCUCUGCACUUCCUCCCGCCCUUCUGAGGCCGGCUCCUGGACCCAUUCGGACGACCCACACUCCUGUGCUCUUUGCUCCUUACUGAAUUACAAACAGGAGGUGUUGUACUGCAAUAAUUUUUAAAACAACAAAACGAAACUAAAAUCGAACAAAAGAGAACUAUGCAGCGUUUAUUUAUAGUUUAAAGUGUAUCUGGAGAGCCAGGACUUUUGAUAGUAAAAUGAAAAGAUUAUUUAAAAAAAAUAAAAUAAAAAAGUGUGGGG